UUGCUGAUUAGACAACCAAUUAAAUGUAAUAUUCAUUAUUUAUUUUUGUUUCAUGACCCCCGGAUCGCUCCAGGAUACAGCUGAGUCUGACUGAGUUCUCUUUUUGAACCACGUAGCAUUUCUGGACACUCAGUAUCACUCUAUUUGAGCUUGUCGGAUCUAGUAAAAUAUAUAUAAAUAAAUGUCGGAUCAUAAUCACCGUAGAAGAGUGAAAAAGAGUGAUGAGACCUAUGAAAUAUCGAUCCCGUUUGAAGAAAGUGCUCUUAUAGAACCCCAGAUUUGUUACAGCCUCAGCUCUUUACAAAAUAAUUCUGAAGAACUCCAUGAGGCUAACUCUCCCUCCAUUGCGCUAAUGAACAGUUUGAAUACUCAGCUUCACAUGGCUCUGGAGAGAAAUUCCUGGUUACAGAAGAGAAUCGAGGACCUCGAGGAAGAGAGAGAUUUUCUCAGAUGUCAGCUAGACAAGUUUAUCUCCUCCACCAAAGCCGACAAUGAAGAUCACGCAAGACUAAAACAGACAAGUAGGCGGUCAGAAGGAAAAGAGUGUCAUAAUGGAAAUGUCAGUGACAAUGAAAGCAUGUUGUCUGUAAGUGGUAAUUCAGAGCAAGAGGACACCUUUGCGGAUCAUAAGAGGCAAAGGCAAAAAGGAGGCUGUAACAAGAGAAGGUUAUGCAAGCCCAAAGCCAGAGAAAGGCAAAGAGUUAAAGAUGCCGAUGGAGUGCUCUGUCGCUACAAAAAGAUUCUUUCGACCUUUCAGAAGUUGAAGAGUAUGAGCAGGUCCUUUGAGCAUCACCGUGUGGAUCGCAACACUGUCGCCCUCACCACUCCCAUCGCUGAGCUCUUGAUUGUAGCCCCUGAGAAGAUAGCAGAGAUCGGAGAGUUUGAUCCAUCGAAAGAGAGGCUACUUGAGUACUCCCGACGUUGCUUCUUGGCUUUAGAUGAUGAGACCCUUAAAAAGGUCCAGGCACUAAAGAAGAAUAAGCUGCUUUUGCCCAUUACUUAUCGUUUCAAGCGAUGACUGGACAAGAGUUAGCUCUUCUACAACACUGAAUUACAGGUUAAUGAGUAUGUAUUUAAAAAUUACAUUCUGCCCCCGUUAAACUUUUUAAAAGGGGACUAUAUUUUUUAUUAAAUGUUAUCACAGGGUUAGGCGACCUGCAUAUACAUUCCUGUUUAUUCUGUUUAGUUAUUAGAAGAUGACAAAGAAUAGUCUUUUUGUGUAUUACAUUGUCCUGUUAUAAGAACUUUGCAGUUGUAAUGGUAACAUUUCCUAUAUAUUUAGGAAUAAUUUUUGCCUAAAACUGAGAAUUAAUUAUAAAUAUAUAUCUUUGAUUUUUACCAUACUAUCUGAUAUUUUUGGUGUGAGCAGACCUCCGGUCACCUGUAUCUUUCUUUGGCCUACCCUUGAAAAAAACAAACAUGUAAGAUACAGGAGAGCCUCCAUGAAUAUUUUAAUUAAAACAUUGCAUUUUUCUCAUGCUAGCUAAGUAUCAUGCUCCUUAAAUUUGAACCAGUAUGUGAGAGGUUAAGCUGGUACCUUAACUUUCAGUUAAAUUGUAUAUUUAUUGUAUAUUUAUUGUAUAUUUAUUGGAUUAUUUUGGAGAUUCUCCUUUUUUGAAUUCCAAAAAGCUGUAGGCCACAUAUAGAGUUUUCGUUAUUCCUCUCCCUGGAACGAGAAGUUUAAUUUUUCCAUAUCAAUUGUAAUAAAGGGGGUUGGGAAUUAUUAGUGACCCUGGCUAUUGCCAUAACAAGGACUACCUCCUCUAGUAGAAUGUUUCAUUCUAUUUCCAUAAAGUAUCAUGGAACCCUUCUUCUUGCUGUUAUUCCAUACAAAAUUUGGAACUAUAAUAAUUACUCACUGAUGGUGAAUUAAAUGUCCUUUAGGAAAUUUGUUUUACCUGAUGAUUUGAAUAAAUGUGAAUUAAUUAAUGUAAGAAAAAUACAUUUGUAUUAGCCAUUGGGUUUAUAAACAUAACUUGUGCUUUAAAGUUAUACUAUUUAGAUGGGUUACCUUCUGUUGUACUACAGAAAAUAUUUUAAACAAGCUCCUGUGUGUACAGCAGUUUUACGGACUGUUUUUAAAUUCUUUACACCUAUAGGUUGUAUUUUACAUUAUUUAAUAUUUGUUAUAAAAUUAAAUUAAACUAUUUAAUAUGUUUUUUUUACGUUCCAUUUCAGUUUGAACACUUUUUAACAAACAAGCUAGUUAAAGGUGGAAGGCACAGUUGAUUUUGAUAGAUAUCAAUGUACUUGUUUUAUCUGAUGUAAUUGGCUUUGAAAUUCUGGAAAGAACCAGGAGAAUAUUUAAGUUUUAGAUACUAAUUUAAAGGGACAAAAACACCUUUUAAUUACAAGACAUUUCUGGUGUUUUGAUAUAGAACAUAUUAGCAAAGUCUUAAUAUUUUAAAAACAAAUCAACAUCCUUUUUACUGCAGUUGUUUUUAAGAAGCCAAAUUCCACCCACCAUUUACCAUAUUGGGGGAGCCAAUGUGGGCUUUAGUCCACAGAAAACAAAUGCUUGUUAAUAUAGUUAGCACAUUGUUUUGUAGUUAUCUGCUAAAGCCAGUAAGGGACAGACAUAUAGAAGAGUUAGCAGGGUGCAUUUCAAGUUCUGAUAAUUAGAAAUUGCUCAGUUUUCAGUGCAAUGGGGGCAAAAUAAAUAGAGAACAUAUAUUGCAAAGUUUUAUUAUGCAUUAGUAAACAUUUUAUAUAAAAAAUCUCAAGGUGUUUACUGCCCUUUUAAAGGGACAAUUUACUAUAAAAUUUGUUUCCCCUUAAUGUGUUCCAAGUUACUUGUUCCACAUAAUGUAGAAUUUUAAAUGUAUGGGAAGGGACAGUUCCUUCAUAUUUUCUCCUGUACAAGUUAAGCAGACCUAGUAAUGUUGUAUAUGUUAGGUUUUGAAAUGCUGAUUCUGUCUGGAGGUUGAACGAACAAAAGCAGCUAUUUGACAUAUAAAACCUCUCUGUUCCUCAUACCCCCAGUGUGAGAUUAAUCAGUGCUAUUGUCUCCUAUAGCUUUUCUAAAGAGAAAACAUUUGUUACUUAUAUUUUUAGUGUAAGUGGGGAAACAGGCACAAGUAGCCAUUUCAAAAAACGGCAAAGUAGCAGGUUUAAAACAAAACACACAAUGUCCCUAUAAGCCACUGUUUUGUGUAAUAUCUCAGCAGUGCCUCUUCUUCAAUGUCCAAUUAUUUCUCUAAUUUGUUGUUAAAUUACUUUAUGGAAACAGAAAUACUUAUAUAAUUUAAAUAAAGUGUUUGGAAUAAG